AUGGAUAGCAUGAGAGAGUGGACAUCCUCUCCCCCGAGUGUCAGCAUGGCUGCCGAUCGGAUCCCAUCUGGAGUACGGCUCAUCAAGCUCUUGUCGACACUUGUAUUCAACGACAUGUCUCUGCUAACGGCUCACAUCACCUUCCUCCAAUCAAACGUCACACAAAGUACUCAAGAGUUCAUAGAAGAAAUCGCGGCGUCAUUCACUGUCACUACUCCAGAAGCCGUGCAGAGCGCGAUAGCACUUGAACAACAAAUGCGUGAUGUUCGGUGGGCGACAAUGCUAGUCCGUGUCAUCCGCGUUGGCCAAUAUACAACGUUUGUUUCUGGACGGGGCGACAAUCGCGAGGAGAAGACGACUUUGCUGGUGCAAGACGUCAUGCAAACAGCGAGGGUCGACGAUGUGUUGAGAGGAAUAGAGAGCGCCAGGGCCGCAGUCUGGCAGUUGAAGCGCUUCUUUGAGAAAAUGGACCACAGUCCCUCGACAAGCCCUGAGAAAGAGGCCAUGCGGGUCAGCGAUGAAAUCGAUCAUCCGCCCAGCGCUUUCAAAUCAGACACCGGCUCGGACAGCAGCGGACACUUGUUCAAUCCGUCCGAUCCAACCGUUAUGGAGAGCCUUCUGUCUAGUUCUCCCCCUCGUCACAAUUCGAGGUCCAGUCCCUCGAAGUCCGAAUCCGGCUACGUAUCAAGCCCAUCCCGACGCGUCAGGUCGGUAAUGGCUGGGGCUGGGUCAAGCUUCAAUCGUGUGUUUCGCCGUAAACGUCGUUCGCCUAUCCCCAAGCCUUUCCGCAAGCCAACCAAGGAACAGAACUACAUCAGAACCCUCGCAGCGUUGGAAGAGCAACUCCCUAUCGCGUACAUUGGACAGACGCUCCCGCUGCUCCGACUGAUGGACAGACGCCUCGAGGUCUUCCUGGACUUUUGGAAAGAAUGGGGCGUGCCAGCCAACGGAUACUGGAUCCUGAACGAAGAGGAGGAUGCAGUCGUCAUCAGAGGCAGUUGGGUCAAACGCGAGUGGGACAUCUUCAAAGAACUGUCCGAGCUUGAGGCGACGAUCAAAGAUUGGUGCACAAGGUUAGGCUCGAGAAGCCCCAGAUUCCAUUCGAGCCGCUUUGACUGA